GUUCUUUAUUCUACAUCAAUUUCAUAAAAGUUACAUACUUAAAAUAGAGUUUCAUCGCCAAUAAGACUUUAUACGUUACAUAUAUUGCUUAAUACAACACUAACAAUACAAAUUGCAACAAUAAUAUUGAUGAUAAUAUUCAUAUUAAUUGAUAAGCACAAAACCUCUACAUCAUUUAUUCUAUAAUACGCGUUUUUUUCACAAAUUAUUAAUUGUGGUUUUGAGCCUGUGUCUCUCCUGUGUCUCAACUAAGGCUGGAAGCAGCCUCUCUCGUAAAGUACCAAGAUAAACCAACAUUGUGGACAGACAUACUGGAUAAAGUGACCAUCCUGUGUGAAGUUGCCAAGAUGAAGAUUUAUCAAUUCAAACUGGAAACGUUGUUAAUAUGUACGGGAUUACUUUUGAGUGCAUUACCUCAGGUUUGGAGCAUGACCGUAAAGACUGAAGUAUCCACCAGUAACCAAGGUCUAGCACAAUAUCCCAAAGAAAUUUCCAUCUUCAAUCGGUCCCACACCCUGCUGCAACAAUCCUACAUACAAUCAACUGAUUUCUCAUUAAAAUCUAAUUUAGUGACCACCAUACGGUGGGAGUUUGUCGAUGAUUAUGGAGUAUGGGGAGUUAUGUUUGACUCCUUCUCCAUCCCAUACACUGAUCACUGCACCUCAGACUAUUUCUCAAUUUGGGACGCAUCCGGACGCUGUGAUAAUCUAAAGACUGUAUUUUGUGGCAACCGCAUACCCGAGACGUUUAUGUCAUGUAGCUCAAAGAUUUUUGUUGAGUACCAUUCUAAUUCUCCAUCAGAAAUCACAAACUUUAAAUUCAGAGUUGAGCCUGGACAUAACAAAGAUGCUGUAUUAAAGCGCUUUGAGAAAGGUUUUGUUAUGUCAAGGAACUCUGAGAAGGAAAGAGUGGCCAUGUCCAGUGAAGAGGAAAAAGUUGUCAUCAUCUCACUAUCUGUCAUCCUUCCUUUGGCUCUGGCAGUUCUUGUUAUACUAGCUUUUAUUCUGGCCAGACACACUCGACAGGAUAAAACCAGUUCCCAAGAAACCAUCCUUCCUACACAAUGUCCUUCUUCCAAAAAGUAUGUUCACACCGGAAAUGAGAAGGACUCGACAGUAGUGAAAUUAUUUGUUGAUACAGAUAAAAAGCUAGUAAAGACAAACAAGGUUCGUCUCCAAGACCCGAAAAACGAAAGAGUUCCCUUGAACAGCUAUGCAGACAUGCCAUUAAAUAUCUGUUCAACAGUUGCAUUAAAUGACGUGCCAGAAGAGGAUGUAGACUUUGAAGAGAGGCCAAAUGGUUACCUUGGUCUUAUGUAAAGUAUCAGCACUGACACCUACAUCACUUACAUUAACACCAAUGCCACUACUACAACUACUACUACCACCAUAACUGCAGAAUUCUUUUCCUUUUGCUGGAUUUGAAAUCCAAUACAAACCAAGAACUGAUAAUAAACAGCAACAACAAAAACAAAAAACAGGGAAGGGAUUGUUGUUUAGUUGUAAGCUAAUUUUCUGUUUUGUUUUCUCCCUGAGGGACGAGGCAGGCAGAGAGGGUAUUGUUAGUCUUGGCCUCUCUGCGCCCACAUACAUGCAAAUGUAUGUCUUGUGGCCUCCUGACACAUGUUGGAUGUUAAACAUAGGAUACCACCAUCAGUAAGACUCCUGUAGCCUUUCACUUACCAGUCUGUUCAUAAUAGUUCCACCAAGAUUAGAGCCUUUUUCAGUUUAUUUUUAAAUAGGUGUUCUUUCUGAAAUGGAUAUUUCUUCAGUGAUUUCUAUCAAGAUGUAAUUUUUCAAGAUAUAAUUAAUCUAGAACUAAAUCUGUUCAUAUCUAACUUCUUCCUGAUGUACUUUUAUCUCAAUGUUACUUUCCCCGAUAUAUCUUUAUCUAGACGUUAGUUCACCCAGAUGUAUCUUUAUAUAUAUGAUAGUUCAUCUAGACGUAACCUUAUCUAAUUGUUAUCCCAUUAAGAUGUACCUUUUAGUCCAUCUAGAUGGAACUCUGUAUUAUCUGAAAUUCAUUGUGGUUUUCCAAAAAAUAUUAUAAAUGAAAGAAGAUGGCCAAUAACACAAUCAUUCACCUCUCAAUUACAUUACCACAGCUACAUCACAUAUACUUUACCGUUAUAUCAUUGUAUUGCAGCUACUUCACAGCUAUAUCACAACUAUAAAAUGCAUUUAUAACAAUUGCAUCAUAUCCAUUUCAUAGCUACAUCACUAUAUCAAAACUAUAAUACAUCACAGACAUGUCACUGUAUAAUAAAUUAUAUUAAUAGCUAUUUCAUAGCUGUAUCAUAACUAUGUCAUUACAUCAUAAACUACAUUACAAUGGCAUCAUAGAAGUCCCACCACAAUCUCACAUUGCUCUAUGAAUCUAUGGCAGCAACAUUGACAGCAACAACAAGUGGACUUGUAAAUGUUGUGGCAUUACCACUUGUUAAUACAGAUAUAUUUGAACAAAAUAGAUAAAGUUAAGUUUAGAGGAAGAUAAUUACUUAAAUACUCUGUUAAUCUCAUCAAUAUUAUUGGUGUCCGUAGCUGGCCCCCUUUGACCACUGCUAUUUAGUUCUGCACACGAGCUGAAAGUGCAUAUUAAAAGAUGUUGGUGUGGUCAUUUGUUGUUGGGAUUUUGUUCCCGUAUUAGAAUCUGUGUUUAAACUAAUUAAAUCUUUAUUAUAAUCCUUGCUUCUGUUAUGAACAUUGUUACUGGUGUUUAAUAAAUCACAGAUAUUCAGUUUUUAAGGCAUUGAUGGAGUUGGGUGAACCUCUGAAGAUAACGAACCACAUGUGUAUGUGUAUGUCUCCCUUACUGAUCUACACAUGAAAAUGAUACAUCACAUGUAUGUAUCUCUCCCUCAGUGAACAGUCUUAUGAAGAUGACACGCCAGACAUGUGUAUGUGUGUAUCUCCCUUGAUGAACUGUUCUAUGAAGAUGACAAACCACACGAUAUAUGUGUGUCUGUCUGUGAGUCCUUCAAAAGAACUGUUUCUACACAUCUCUUAUUUGUUUCCAGUGAAUUCAACAUUCAUUAACAUUUUUCUCUAUUGACAUUCACAACAUGCAUUUUUUUUAAAAAAAACAAAACAAAUUAUUUACUUUACUUUUGUUCAUCUGACACAGUUUUUGUUGACGCUUAGAUCGAUGUAUCUGACUCGUCUUAGUGUCUGGCAGACUGUAGUAACGCAAUGGAUUGGCAACCUUUUGAAAACAAGAGAAAAUAGUUGUCUAACUCCCUUAGUGUGAUUAUUAGGGUGAUAGAUUGGCAGAAUUGCUUGAUCAUUGGAAAAAAUGCAUUGCAGUAUUUCUUCUGGCAGUUUACAUUCUGAUUUAAAAUCCUGCUAAAGUCAGCCUUGCCUUUCAUUCCUUUGGGGUUAGUAAAAUAAGGCUCAAGUCAAACAUUGAGUUGAUUUAACUAACUCCACCCCUACUCUUACCCCUAAAUUUGUGGUGUUGUACCUAUGCUAGAAACAAUUAUUACGAUUGUGAUGCUGUGGAUGAUGGAAUUUGGUAAAAUGAGGUCAACUCUGCUUUUCAUCCUUCUGGGAACAAUAAAAUACCAGUGAUGUAAUUGACUGUUCCUUCCCAGCCAAAUCUGUGGCCUUGCACACAUGUUAGAAAUUCUUUUUAUUUUUAAAACCCCGAAGGUGGUAAGCUAGCAGAAUUGUUAGCGUAUUGGAUAAAAUGCUUUGUGGCAUUGCUUCCGGCUCUCUGCAUUUUGAGUUCAGAUUCUGCCAAGGUCUACUUUGCUUUUCAGCUUUCAUAGUCAAUGAAAUAAUAAAGUACCAGUUAAGCAUUGAGGACAUUGUAAUCUCACUAAAAUUGUUGGCCGAAAUUUGAAACCAUUAUUUUUAUAAUUUCUGUCUUCCAAAUUUGCUCAUCGAUCUCAGAUUAAAGUAAAAACACAUUUAACCUCUCUCACUUCUUCAUUUUUCCAUCUAUUUCUUUUUCCCCACCUUGUUCCCAUUCUAGUUCUUAAUGGAUUGGGGGGUGGGUAGGGGACAAAAAAAGAAAAAAAAUGAAGAAACCUCACCAGCCAUGACAACUAAUACAACUCUGUUUCCAUGUUGCUAAACCAAUGUGGACUUACUUUGAAAAAUUUUUAUUCUAUGAAAACAUACAUGUACCUUAACUUUGAUUUCUUGCUGAUGUUUUAUAAGGGUUCAUUCAUUCAAUACAUCAAGACUAAACUCUUAAUGAACAACAACAACAACAACAACUAAUAAUAAUAAUGUUACUAUUUGUAAUGACCAACUGAACUUUGUACCUCAAACUCUUUGUUGAAAGUGUUGUUUCCGAAGAUUAUUCCGGAGUCUUCUCUUUGUUUACAGCAAUUCUUUGUGUUGUUCACAGAAAGGUGAGGAAUCAGCUACAAGGGAGCUUUUAAAGUAAGGUGUUCUAACCAGCUUGCUUGUCUUCCUGCUUGUUUAUCUGCCUCUUUGUCUUUCAUUCCUUCCUACCAUUCACUUCCUGAUGUUAGUAAAAUAAAGUUAACAGAGAGCAUCAGGAAAACAGCCAAUUGAAAAUAAUUACAUAGAAUAACCUCGUCAUGUAAAUGAAUGAACUCUGCAUUACCAACAUCAACAAGGUUUGCAUUUUUAAACAUGGUGACUGACUGCUUUUUGAAACCGAAUUAGAUUCAUCGUGAAUGAUUUCUUUUUGUAAGAUGAAAAAAUAGCAGAAUGACUGUUAAGGAAUGUAAAUGGGACAAAGGCUCCUUUUCUUUUUUGGAUUCUUUGACGAUUUUUAUAUUUUUUAUGGUUUUGUAAGUUGUGUAUAAAACAGGGAAUGGAUAAACUGGGGGUGUAAAAAUGUGAUGUGUUUUUUGGUUAUUAAACCUCUUUCUUCAUUGUCUUUCCAAUUGUUGCAGAAAAAUGUUAGCAUUGAUUUUAAUUUAACCUUAAAUCGAGGAGGAGGGGGUUUCUCAUUGAAAGAUGAUAGUUAUUGAAGACACAGAAAGGAAUAGUGAAGAGCAGUUGAGUGAAAAAGCAGAGGGGACCAUAUAUCAUGUGAUGUACAUAUACAUUAUACAUACAUACAUAUGUAUGUAUGCAUGUGAGUGAGUGAGUGUGUAUGUGUGUACAUGCAUCUGUGUAUAAAUAUGUAUAUAAAAGGCAGGUAUGUAUGUGUGUUUGACUUGGAGAAUUUGAAGUUUGGGCUGUGGGGGAAAAAAAAAGUAAAGAAUGAAAUAUUGGAUAGGGCAAAAAUCAAUCAAAAAUGGAACGUACGGUGGAUAUAGAAAUGACUAUUUGGAGAUACUAAUGAAUGCAUAUCAGUUAGAUUUAGCAGGAGUACAACAAUUAUUAUUUCUAUUAUUAAUUACAUAUACUUAAUGUAUAUAUGCUUCAUAUAUUUUCUGGUGGAGUAUAUACACUCUCAAAGCACUGGGUGUUGAGGUGUUUUAACACCUGGUGGUUUGAAAGUGUAUAAACUCUACCAUGCUACUGCAGCCACCUUGAAAUACAUGAACCAUAUAUGCUAAGUGUAUGUGGUUGAUAGUAUUUAUUAUACUAGAGCUGCUUUUAUUUCAAAAUGAACAGGCUCAUUAAUGAGAAGUUUCACAAUUCGUAGAGAGUAGUGUUUCAUGUUCAUUGUCGACUGUAGUUUACAGUAAUUUCAUUCAGCUUGUUCCGAUCAUUUUCUGAUAAUGCAGCACAAACUGGAAAAUGGCAGACAUUGACAUAAUUGCAUGUGUCUGUGUGUGUGUGUAUAUACAUAUAUAUAUAUAUAUAUAUAUCAUCAUCACCAUCAUCAUCGUUUAACGUCCGCUUUCCAUGCUAGCAUGGGUUGGACGAUUUGACUGAGGACUGGUGCAACCGGAUGGCUACACCAGGCUCCAAUCUAAUUUGGCAGAGUUUCUACAGCUGGAUGCCCUUCCUAACGCCAACCACUCAGAGAGUGUAGUGGGCGCUUUCACGUGUCACCCGCACGAAAACGGCCACGCUCGAAAUGGUGUCUUUUAUGUGCCACCCGCACAAGAGCCAGUCCAGGGGCACUGGCAACGAUCUCGCUCGAAAACCCUACAAGGCCAGUCAGGCGGUACUGGCAACGGUCACGCUCAGGAUGGUACAUCUUAUGUGCCACCUGCACAAGAGCCAGUCCAGAGGCACUGGCAACGAUCUCACUUGGCUUGCCGGGUCUUCUCAUACACACACACACACAUAUAUAUAUAUAUGGAGGUUGGUUGAAAAGUUCAUAGGCUGAUUGAGAUACUCAUAGAAUAUGACCAAAUAAGGCUAAUUUUUCAACGCAGUCCUCCUUGUGUUCCACACACUUCUUCCAUCAGUGUUGCAGCGCUUGGAUCCCAUUGGUGAAGCAGGUUAGGAAACCUUCAAGGAAACCAGUUGGAUCUGCCUCAAACAAUGUCAGAUUUUCCUGUGAUGUGACCAGCCUGGUACACUUCUGGUCAGGUGUCAGAAGAUGUAGUACCCAGCAAGCAGAAAAACCUUCAUCAUGCACAAAUUCAUUGUGCAGAAUAUUCUCAACUCCCUCAUGGGAUAUAUUAAUAGCAUUGGCUAUUUGAUUUAUAGACAGUUGCUUGUCAUCCCUCACCAUGUAGUGAACACAAUGUUUUCUUUGGUGGUGACAGUUGCCAGAACAUCCAGACCUUGGGUCAUCCUCAAGACCUCCCCCACCAAAUUCAGCUACCUACAUUUGCUCUGUUCAUAAAGCUAGUGUCAUCUAACGCAGCAACUCAUAUCAGCAUGAAUGUCCUUGGGGGGCUGAAGUCUUUUUCUGCAGGUGCUCGAUAACACCACGAUGCCAAAUAUUGUCCAUUUUCAAGAGAAGUUGGUACUAGUUACUAUUGAAGUCUUCUCUGAACAGUCACAUGUCAGUUUACUGGGAAGAAACAAUGCAGUUAUUAAGAGGAAGAGGGGAAAUGAAUGUAAGUAAGAUUUCUCAGCUCGAGCAUCACUCCCUCAUCGUCAGCCCAUGAACUUUUCAGUGUGUAUGUGUAUGUGUGUACUCUUAGUGAAAAGUGGUGAAAUGAAGCUCUUACCUGUAUAUGUAUAUACGUGUGUGUGUGUGUGUGUGUGUGUGUGUGGAGAUGCACAUAGCAGUGUUGGUGUAUAUAUAUUUUUCUCCAUAUCUAAAUGCACUGCUCCCCCACCACAACUGCUUAUUUCCAAUUUCAACUGUGAUGUUAUGAAUGGCAGCAUAUCUUGAUAAUCGGGUUUUUAUUUUUUAAUUUUUUUUUUGUAUGAUGAUGAGUUGGAGGACAAUGAUGAUAAUGAUGACGAUGAUGCUAUGACUUUCAAAACGUGCUAAGUUCCAUGUAUAUAAAUAUACACGUUUUCUUUAUAAAAAUCUUGUUCAUUGUCUAUGUAUAUAUGAAUAUAUUUGUCAAAUGCACUUCCUUUGAAUGAUAUGUAAAGUAUUUGAGGUGUCAAGCUACAUACACAUAUACAAGGUGUGGUGAAUGAAUUGUCUAAAUUACGCAAAAAUGAAAGUAACACUCUCAUCUUAUUUUAACAGAUAUAUUUAUCAAAAUUACAUAAAAAUAUCUUGAAAUACUAAUGACUAAAUUUAUUCGAUAGAAUUGCCAUUGGCUUCAACCACAGUCUCCAGACGACUUUGGAAUCUCCUGCAACUCUUCUGGAUGGUCUCCUUGUUUGAGUUGGUGAAUGCUGUCAUAAGCCUUGCUUUCAGAUCAUCUUUGGUAUUAACAAGGAGUUUUGUUGAUCUCUCACUCAACUGCGCCCCACAUAUAAUAAUCAAAGUAGGCUGCAGUCUGGGGAAUUAGGUGGCCCCAGAUGUUAGGGGUGGUGUGAUCGCAGAAAUUGUCUGACAUCCAUGACUGGGUUCUCCUACCUGUUAGCAGACAUAGGCUCUUCCAGCAGCUACCCAUUUGACCCAGGGCAGCAUUACCUCCUCCAGGCACUUGAUGUAGGCCUCCAUGUUAAGUCUGAGGCCUUGUGGGAAGAUAAAUGGAGGCAUAACGUCGCCAUCACUAGUGAUCACUCCAAACACCAUGUUGUUUGAUUUUUAUCACUCUUGGUACAUGUUUUGGGGACAUGGCAAGCCAACGGCUGUUCUGUGUGUUUACCAUCUGAUCCUAGCAGAAAUCUUUCUCGUCUCAGAAAAACCAAAGCAUGUUCGGUUGGAGGGUAUGCUUGAGUUUGUUCAAAAGCUUUUGUAGCAUGGUCUUUCCUCUUGUCCUUGAUGGCUUGGGAUAAACAUUGGACCUUUCUCAUCUUGUAUGAGGAAUACCGAAUAUCUUCAUGCACUACCUGCCUGAUAAGAAACCCAGACACUCCCAUGUGUCUGAGUUGGACCUGGCGAUGGACUUGAUUGACUUGAAGGGAUCGUUGUCAAUCAUGGUCUGGAUCUCGCCAACAAAUUCAGUAAUUCAUUUCUUAUCAGUACAAUCAGAGUGAGUUUUCCAAGCUGCUGUACCUUUGUAAUCACCAUUAGACUCAUCAAACUCUUUCCAAAUCCUCUGCACUGUUCUCAGACUGACAUCCAAACACUCUGAAGUGUUCGUAGUGGAGCUUCUGGCACGAAUGGCAAGCAGUACAGUAUGUCAUUUCAAAAUUUCUGGCAGAGUGAAGUGCGUCAUGGUGCUGUUUUUCUCACAGACGGUGCCCAACUGACCCUACGAUACUGUGUAGUUGACAUUCAUGAAAUUAACAAUAUAAAAUGGUGACAAUUUAUCCAUCGCACCCUGAAUAUUAUACACACAUAUGUACAAACAUCAUAGCCUUUAUUUUCUAGAUACACUUGUUCAGUAUUUCCCCCAAUGCUGCAUGCCUUCUCUUCAAUACAGUCUCUUACUCCCUUGUCUUCUAAGUAGAAAGAUAGACGAUCAUACCAUGUUAUGGCUAUUAAAACUAACCCCUUUGAUCCCUUUCUGCCAUAGUAAAGGUCUCUGAGUAGAAACAAUAUUGAUCUGUCUGUCUAAUACACACACACACACUCACAUAUGUUAGUCAGAUUUCAUAAUCGCUGAGGUUGUGAAAUGUUGAGUUUUAUCAAGUACCACAAAUGAAUAAAAUUAAGCUCUAUUUUAAAUCCUUUAUUUGUCAUUUGGAGAGUCAAACUUACUUUUAGUCCAUUAUUUGUCAUCAGUUUUUUUUUUGUUUUUACUAUUUGGUUCAACAACAGAACCCCUUUCUGUGAUAUUUUCAUUUUAUUCAUUACUUCUUUUUAUGUUGUAUUGUUUUGGGUCCCUGGCGUGGAUUAAACUCCCGUAAACCAAAAUUUCUUUCUUCUAUCAUCAAUUACCGUAUCUUUCACUCUCUGCUUUCUUUUCUUUCUAUAUUUAUUAUCUUUGGUCCCUGGCGUGGAUUGACACCCCGUAAACCAAAAUCCUUCUUUUAUCACCAAUUUUUUUUCCUGUAAUGUCUUUGGUCCCUGGCGUGGAUUCAAUUCCCGUAAACCAUUAUUUAUUAUUUCAUCACACACACACACACACAUGCUACUAUAUACAUUUUACUAACCCAGAUAACAACUGUCUCUCCAACAAACCUAAAAUUCUAUGUCUAUAGAGAGAGUACAAGCAACUUACUCCGCCUUUAGAUAUUUAUAAAUAAAUAUUUUACAUCCCCUGUUAUUGUUAAUGAACGCUAGAUUUGUGUGGAAUAUUGAUUACUGAUGUAAAACAUGGCUAUGUUGUAUAUUACUGUUAGCUAUAAGUGCAGGCAUGGCUGCAUGGUAAGAAACUUACUUCCCUACCACAUAAUUUCACGUUCAGUCCUACUGUGUGGCACCUUGGGCAAGUGUCUUCUACUAUGGUUCUGGACCGACCAAAGUCUUGUAAAUGGAUUUGGUAGAUGGAAACUGAAAGAAGCCUUUAUGUGUGUGUUCCUCACCACUGUUGACAACUGGUGUUGGGUUGUGUACGUCCCUGAAACUUAGUGGUUCAGUAUAUAUAUAUACAUAUAUACGACAGGCUUCUUUCAGUUUCAGUCUACCAAAUUCACUCACAAGGCUUUGGUCGGCCCGAGGGUAUAGCAGAAGACACUUGCCCAAGUUGCCAUGCAAUGGGACUGAACCAGGAACCAUGUGAUUGAGAAGCAAGCUUCUUACCACAUAGCCACACCUAUUCUGAUCAUUUGUUAAUUGUCAUAGAUUCAGUUGAUACAACUUAGCUUAGCUGUCGUCCUUUCUCUUUAACGUAACAGUAGAAAGCUGUUCUACUGGAACCGUCUCCGCAAAUACUUCAAACAAUAUCAUUCAAACUGCAUUCUAAUAUAUAUUUUGUAAUUAAAUAAUAUUUUUUUUUAAAUUGCCCUUUCUUUUUGCUAUUUUUUCAUCAUUUAUACUGCUGUCACUGAAGAUAGAUCUUGUAUACCAAGAUAUCACAUGGGAUGAUGGCAAAACUUCCUAGUUUCAUGCCCUGUAACAUCUCAUUUGACAAAUUAUCUUCAGUGACCGAAUAAUGUUUUGUCUUUUGUUUUUUCUUUCUUACCUAACUGCUCAUUGUUUUAAUUGAACUUUGUUUUUUUGAAGCUUGUAUUUAUGUUCAUAUUAAUGAGACAUACAAGCUUAUGUUGUGUAUACAUUGAUGUAUUUUAUAACAUGUAUGAAUAUUGCUAUUGAUGAAAUAUAUAUAUGUAUAUACACUGCUAUCUCUAUCAUAUGGAACAUGUACAUAAUUGCUAUAAAUGACAUACAUACAUGCAUGUUGUGUAUACUAUAGCCUAUACGCCAUAAUUUAAUCAGUGAAGCAGAUGGAGAAGGAAAACAAAUGACAUACAUUAUUCUUACUGUCUGCUUCACUAGUUAUGGACUGAAAACUGCUCAGAUGUUUUUUUUUUUUAAAUAUUUUAUUUGGAUGUAAAUCAAUAAAUAUAUGUCAGUGUAAAUUA